AUGAUGAAGGAGGAAGAAGCGUUAAUGAUUGACAUGAACGAAGCGGAACCGGAAGUGUCAAUCAAAAUUGAAAGUGAAGAGACUGAGCCUGAUCAGUUUAUUAGCGAACAACCAGACAAUUCUUUGGAAUACAAGAAUGACGGUUAUAUCGAACUAGUACUCAAGGUCAUGGCGCGAAUGUGUGAUGGUCAAAACCAACAACUCCAGAAUUACUUGCGAGAACAACCGGACAACGUCAAAUCGUUUGAUAUAAUCGCCGAAGUGACUAGAUUUCUGGAUGUCGUCUAUUCAAAUAUUAACGGCAAAAGUAUAGAUUUAGUUAUACAACUUUUUGAUUCCAUCAAUGAAUUUACAGCGAGCAACCAAGAAAACCGCGUCGUGAUUUACGACAAUAAGAUUAUCGACUAUAUCAACUUUAUUCUCAGGGCGGGCGACUUCGCUAACUGCUCCACCGAAAAGGUUCUGGAUUUAAGACAGAGCAUCGCAAAUCUGAUUGUUUCUUUAGUCGAAGAGAACGGUCCAGGGGCCUCACAAGUGGCCAAGGAAGUGAAGGAUACCCUGGAUAAGAAAGCGGUAUUUCAACUGAUGACUGAAUGCUAUGAAAUGCAUCAACCAGACAAGACGAAACUCGAAGAUUUAAAGAAUUUGUCAGGCUCUGGAAACGCCAUACAAACGGCCAAGUCGUUUGCAUUGGCGGGUGGCAGUUUCAUACAAGGAGUAAUAGUAAGUCCGAAGGCAAAGGAUCCUCUGGCAGAUACAUACAUGGACGUUGGGUUCUCUUUUUAUCUCAUACUGGCAAGAAUGCAUGACAUUGAUCCCAAAAUUAUCAACACAUUGCAUAUCACGACCCAGCAACAAAAAGCCUUUAGUUUCUACAAAAAGAAUUGUUCGUCCAUCGAAAUCGUCAAAGACGACUGUCUCCAGAAGAUCAAUUUCAGAGUCAGGAAUAAGAGAGUUUUACGAGAAGAAGUGAAAGAGAAGCUUAAAUGGAAUGUUGACCGUUCAUCACCAAGCAACAAGAUCCGUGAUCUUAUGGAAUGGGCAAAAGACAUCAUGAAAGAUAUUGCGUAUCAGCGGCGAAUUCUUAGCAACCCAGUAGCCCUUCUUCUCACCAAAGGAUGGCUUUUCUGGAACCACAUGGUAACAGUGCUUAGCUUCGCUAUCAACAUAAUGAUGUUAGUCACCUGGAAUGCAAAAGCUUCUCUGCAGAAAGGAAAUUCCACAUUAACUGCUGAAAUUUACAAUCAUGAGCCUGAUAUAACAACACUCACCCAAGAGCAGUAUACGAUCGCCAUCUACGUGAUGGGAGGAAUGCACAAUUUCUUCUCGAUGUUGGUGCUUAUAAGUUACUUUGUGUGUAACCAUCCAAGUCUUCCGAAUCCCAAGAAUGCCAUCAUGUUUUUCAAGUGA